AUGGUGAACAGUAUGGACCACGACAGGGUGAAAAGUAUACACCAGGACACGGUGAAUAGUAUGGACCAGGACAGGGUGAACAGUAUACACCAGGACCGCGUGAACAGUAUGUACCAGGACAGUGUGAACAAUAUGGACCAGUACAGGGGUGAAAGGUAUGGACCAGGACUGGGUGAACAGUAUACACCAGGACAGGGUGAACAGUAUGGACCAGGACAGGGUGAAAGGUAUGGACCAGGACAGGGUGAACAGUAUGGACAAGGACUGGGCGAACAGUAUACACCAGGACAGAGUGAACAGUAUGGAUUAGGACAUGGUGGACAGUAUGUACCAGGACAGUAUGAAGAGUAUGGACCAGGGCAGGGUGAACAGUAUGGACCAGGGCAGGGUGAACAGUAUGGACCAGGACAAGGUGAACAGUAUAGACCAGGACAGUGUGAACUGUAUGGACCAGGAUAG